CAAGAGCUUUAUCUUUUGUAAAGCCAAAUGGAUGUGCGCCUUUGCAAAAACUGAUAAAAGAACUAUUCUUCCCCUGAAUUGCUGUCAUGGGGAAUAUAAUAAAAACCCAGACUGCUGAAAGUCAGACUGAUGCCAACUUGGUUUCGUCUCUUAAAGAUACAGAACAUGACAACUUGGUUGUGCUUUCUGACUACCCAUGCCGUGAUGUAAGUGAGCCCAUUUUUAGGAUGGGAGACAGACUAAGAGGCCUGUCUCAGGAGGCCUGCUGGUGGAGAGUUUUCUCUUUGCAAACUAGAACUGAAAACUACAUUCCUAGUAAUCAUGUGGCAAAGGUCUUUCAUGGAUGGCUGUUUGAGGGAGUGGGGCGGCAGAAAGCAGAGGAGUUGCUACUUUUACCUGGAAACACAGUUGGAUCUUUUCUUGUCAGGGAAAGUCCAAACCAUAGAGGUGUGUACAGUCUAUCUGUGAGACACAGAGACAUUAAGCACUAUAAGAUUUUCCGUCUGGACAAUAGCUGGUACUACAUCUCUCCUGGUCUUACCUUUCAAUGUUUGGAGGACAUGAUCAACCAUUACUCGGAUUCUUCAGAUGGCAUCUGCUGCAUUUUGUCAGCCCCAUGUCUUGCUUUGGCCAGCACCCCUAAUUCAGUUCCACAAGCUCCGCCUGUGGUGAUGCGUCAUAAUUUUAACUGGAAGAAAGUCAACAGGUCUGAGCUGGUGACACCCUCGGAUCAGAGCUAUGGGGGGAGCAAAAACAAUAUGGUGAGCUAUGGUGUGAGGAGCAGCAUUGCUGCAUAUCUGUCAUUAACUGAAACUGAAGACCUGGAAGAGAAACGCAGACGUACAAUGAUGAACAAAAGGCGUACAAUGUACACAGUGCCUGGCUACAAUAAUCAAGAAAGAGAAGAAAUAGAUUAAAUAAAUAGUUUAAAUAAGAACAGAAACAACCUGAGCCUAAUAAUUAUUUUGAAAAUUGUGAAGCAUGUUAAGUUAAAAACCUUUCUUCAAAAUCUAUUAUAACUUACAGACCAUUGAUUUUUGAUUUAUUAGUUUGUUUGAAAAAUACAAGGUUUGUUUAAAUAUUUAAACCUUUGAUGCCUUAACAAAAAGCGCUUAAGUAUUUUCAGAAAUCAUUGGAAUUAUUUUUCACAUUCUGACCUAGCUGAUAAAGGCUGCAUAUUGACCAGACAAACGUUAACAUGAACUGCAUGCCAGGCGCUACUCAGCUCACUUUUGCGCAAUACCUGAGAUUGUUUAACCUUUACACUUACCUAAUAGGGUGUUGGGUAAAUCUUACCACUCAUCUAAUGAGAUGGUGAUUAAAGACAUUUGUUGGUAUCAAGCUUACAACUGAGUUUAUUUAUACAAUGCUACAAUAACUUCUGGUUAUUUUAGGUUUAUUGUACAUUUUAUUUGGAAGAAACUAUAUGUAAAAUGAAUUUACACUUACUUUAAACUGUUAAUAAAUUUUUGCAUUACUGUUGUUUGUAAACUUUUACCCUAUUGUAAAAUAUGUAUAAGCCUAUUGUACUGUAUAAUA